CGCUCGCGCGCCUGCGGGCCAGCCUCCGGUCACGUGAUGGCGGCGCAGGUGAGCACCGCUUCCGGGGUCGGGAGCCCGGAUAGCUGCCGGCUCUGGCUUUCGCUCAGCAGGGUACGCGGGAGACCAUGGCGUCCUCCUCUGCCCCGCCGGCCACCGUACCGGCGACAACAGCGGCCCCUGGUCCGGGUUUCGGCUUCGCCUCCAAAACCAAGAAAAAGCAUUUCGUGCAGCAGAAGGUGAAGGUGUUCCGGGCGGCUGACCCGCUGGUGGGCGUGUUCCUGUGGGGCGUAGCCCACUCGAUCAAUGAGCUCAGCCAGGUGCCUCCCCCAGUGAUGCUGCUGCCAGAUGACUUUAAGGCCAGCUCCAAGAUCAAGGUCAACAAUCACCUUUUCCACAGGGAAAAUCUGCCCAGUCAUUUCAAGUUCAAGGAGUAUUGUCCCCAGGUCUUCAGGAACCUCCGUGAUCGAUUUAGCAUUGAUGACCAGGAUUACUUGGUGUCCCUUACCCGAAGUCCCCCAAGUGAAAGUGAAGGCAGUGAUGGUCGCUUCCUUAUCUCCUAUGAUCGGACUCUGGUCAUCAAAGAAGUAUCCAGUGAGGACAUUGCUGACAUGCAUAGCAACCUCUCCAACUACCACCAGUACAUUGUGAAGUGCCAUGGCAACACGCUGCUGCCCCAGUUCCUGGGGAUGUACCGAGUUAGCGUGGACAAUGAAGACAGCUACAUGCUUGUGAUGCGCAACAUGUUUAGCCACCGUCUUCCUGUGCACAGGAAGUAUGACCUCAAGGGCUCUCUAGUGUCCCGGGAAGCCACCGAUAAGGAAAAGGUGAAAGAAUUGCCCACUCUUAAGGAUAUGGACUUUCUUAACAAGAACCAGAAAGUUUAUAUUGGUGAAGAGGAGAAGAAAGUAUUUCUAGACAAGCUAAAGAGAGAUGUGGAGUUCCUCGUGCAGCUGAAGAUCAUGGACUACAGCCUUCUGCUAGGCAUCCACGACAUUGUUCGGGGCUCUGAACCAGAGGAGGAGGGGCCUGUGCGGGAGGAGGAGUCAGAGGGGGAUGGGGACUGUGGCCUGACGGGACCUCCAGCUCUGGUGGGCUCCUAUGGCACCUCCCCUGAGGGUAUAGGUGGCUACAUCCAUUCCCAUCGGCCCCUGGGACCUGGAGAAUUUGAAUCCUUCAUUGAUGUCUACGCCAUCCGGAGUGCUGAGGGGGCCCCUCAGAAGGAGGUGUAUUUCAUGGGCCUCAUUGAUAUCCUGACACAGUAUGAUGCCAAGAAGAAAGCAGCUCAUGCAGCCAAAACUGUCAAGCACGGGGCUGGGGCAGAGAUAUCUACUGUCCAUCCUGAGCAGUAUGCUAAGCGAUUCCUGGAUUUUAUUACCAACAUCUUUGCCUGAGACUCACUCCAUGGUGACUGCUACUUUAUGUUCAAGGUGGUGGGGUUCUGAGAGGCUUGGGGGAAUUGUGGAUAUUCUGGCUACUACUUCUUCUCUUCCUCUUUGCUAAGUUCAGGCUACAGGCUCCUUUCAUCCAGAUAACUCCAUUUUGUUGAGUAGGAUUUUCGUGGCCCUCAGAAAUACAUCAUCCUUUCUCCCCUUUGUCCAGUUUUCCUUCCUCUCCUUCAAGAAGUCUGCUUGCUUCAUUAGAGUGUAACUGUUGACUCUCUCCCAAGUGCCUUGAUCUUUGUAAAAUGUCCUGUUGUUUCUAUAAUAUAGGAGGAGCUGGGGGAAGGGGGUUGUUUGCCAUCUUCAGGACAUGACUGGACAGAUGGACCUGGCUCAAGCAACUACUCUGGAUGCACUUUGCUGUGUGGGAUGAACUAAGAGUAUCUGAAUUUUGCUGAUAACUUUAUAGAACUCACUAUGGAAUGCUUCCUUCUGGUAGGCACUGCGAUGGAAGACUUCCAUGACUACAGAUAAUGGGUGCAGGAACGCACACAUAUGAUGGGAUAUGGCCAGUUUUACACACACUAGUGGGGUGGAGAGUGGUCAGCAGGCUGGCACCUCAUGCAGGUGGGACCUAAGAGGACUCUUGUGAUUAUGCAGGAAACUGGAGAAGGUCUCUGUCAAGGAUUGACUAUUCUCCAAUCUUUUCCCUCACCCCACUUCCACCUCCACCCCUGUACUUGUGGGUACAGGAGCCCAGAGAUGGAUGGCCAAAGUGUUCAAGCCUAGGUGGAAGGUGUUUGACUUUUGCUGCUCUUCCCCAGGAUCUCACACCCCUCCUGGCACUGGAACCCUUCGGUGGGGGUGUGGCCAGUUCUGGAGGCUGGGAGGAUGGGCCAGGGGUAUAAGGUUGAUUCUGCAUGUUAAAUUUCCCUUCUUCAUGGCUAGCCAUCCCUGAGGUUUUAUUCCCAGGAGAAGGGACUAUUUCUACCUGGGUCAACCCUGGCCGUUUCAAGAGGACGGAGGUCUCAAUUACGGGAACCUUCUCUGGAGGUGUGUGCCUAGCAUACUUCCUUCCCUCAGCCAUUCUCAAACCCUUUUCCCAGUUGGAUUUAUUAUUCUGUUCUCUUCUGUCCCGUCUUAUACUGCUACUGUGUUUCCCAGGGGACAGAUGGCCUUCUGUGUCAUCUUCACUCUCCACCCCCAGAGAGGAGUCAGAGCCAUAACUCAAUCACCCGGCCCCCCUCCAAAGAUAGUCGAGUUGGUGCGUGAUAUUCUCAGAAUGUAGAAGACCAUCAUGAGCCCAGAUAGCGUCCUCCCCUCCCGCCAAUGCCUUUGGGGCUAAAGCAGCCAUUCUUGCUAUCCUCCGUACCCCUUGAGGCUUCUACAUUUUUUUUUUUAAACACAAAGAUGGGCACCAGCAACUGGCCUAUGGGGAUACAAAGAUUCUUUGCUCUGUAUCUGGUUGAACUGAUUUGUCUCACAAGAAGUCAUGCGCUCCACCUUGUGCUCCAAAGAAAGUAACAAGAAGAGUCCCCACUUAAGGAUUGGAGCCCCUAUGAUACCUUUCUGUCUGGAGCCUGAUGGAUUCUUUUCAUUCCAACCUUCUUUCCCCUGUUGAAUGCAAUAAAACUCCAUGACACCAGCAACUGUUCUUUAGAAAUGGGUUUUCUGACCAUGUGGCUGAUAUAUCAUGAGCAGUAUGGUCUUCAUUUGUUGCUUCUGAUUUUCAUCUUUUUUCUUUUAAUUAAUACAAAAGAUCUUGUGUACUCCCAUUGCUGUCACUAUAUAGAAAUUAAAUUAUUGAAUCCAAA